AUGCGGCGGGGAGCGGGUCCGGGGCGGCGAUGGGCGCUGCUGUGGGCGCUGCUGUGGGCGCUGUGCUGCGCCGCGGCGGGCGGCGGCGGCGGGCGGAGAAGGGCCGCCAGCCUGGGCGAGAUGCUGCGGGAGGUGGAGGCGCUGAUGGAGGACACGCAGCACAAGCUGCGCAACGCGGUGCAGGAGAUGGAAGCUGAAGAGGAAGGGGCAAAAAAACUGUCAGAAGUAAACUUUGAAAACUUACCUCCCAACUACCAUAAUGAGUCUGACAAGGAAACCAGAAUUGGUAACAGAACUGUUCAGACUCAUCAAGAAAUUGAUAAGGUUACAGAUAAUAAAACUGGAUCAACAGUUUUUUCUGAAACAGUUAUUACAUCUAUAAGAGACGGAGAAAACAAAAGAAAUCAUGAGUGUAUCAUCGAUGAAGACUGUGAAACAGGGAAAUAUUGCCAGUUCUCCACCUUUGAAUACAAAUGUCAGCUCUGCAAAACCCAGCAUACACCCUGCUCCCGGGAUGUUGAAUGCUGUGGAGACCAGCUCUGCGUUUGGGGCGAGUGCAGGAAAUCCACUUCAAAAGGAGAGAACGGCACCAUUUGUGAGAACCAACACGACUGCAACCCUGGAAUGUGCUGUGCUUUUCAGAAAGAGCUGCUGUUCCCUGUGUGCACACCCUUACCUGAGGAAGGUGAACCCUGCCAUGAUCCCUCCAACAGACUUCUCAACCUCAUCACCUGGGACCUGGAACCCGAUGGAGUGCUCGAGCAGUGCCCAUGUGCAAGUGGCUUGAUCUGCCAGCCUCAGAGCCACAGCCCUACAUCUGUGUGUGAACCGUCUGCCAAUGAAACCCGGAAUAACGAAAAAGAAGAUCCCUUAAUCAUGGAUGAGAUGCCAUUUCUCAGCUUAAUCCCCAGAGAUAUUCUUUCUGAUUAUGAAGAAAGCAGUGUCAUUCAGGAAGUGCGUAGGGAAUUAAAAAGUCUGGAGGAGCAAGCAGGUUUGAAGCCUGAGCCUGACUCAGCUCAGGACCUGGUUUUGGGAGAUGAAAUUUAAAGUCCAAGCACCAGGCAGUUUAGUUAGUCAUUUCUAGCAAUUUUUUGUCUAGUGUCUUGCUUAUAUAAACCCUAAACACACACUGCUGGAUAGAAGUGCAAUAAACAAGGUCUUCAACGAAAAUACUUCUCUGUGCACCAAACCUGCAUGUUCCAAUUGCUGUUGAAUUCAUUCAGUCCUUGGACCAAACCUGUCAAAUGAGAAGUGUUUCUUCUGGAUUAGUUUUUUCCCCGUGUACAUCAGAAAUAAACUUAUUAGUACUUAUACUCAUUAAAAAA